AUGAUCCUCGCAACUCCUCGCAUCACUCACUACCUUCACAGCAUCCCGCCACCGGGUCCGGGCCACCGCAGGAGUCUCCUCUCCACAGCAUACGCCGCCGUGCAGCGAGAUGAUGCCACCACGGAGGCGGCAGCAGGAGAGGGCACAUCGUCGUCGUCGUCGUCGUCGGAAAGCCUGAGAGUGGCUAAGCCUGCCGCGACAGCUCCGGCUUCGGCUCCGGCGGCGUUUUCGUUGCCCAAGGACUACAGCCAUACUCUGUUCCACUCCGAGUGCCUGGAGGUGCUGGGCCUGGUGGACCUCGAGUCGCUGCGGAAGCGGCCGAGGCUCACCGUAGGGGUGACGGUGAAGGCGUCCGUGGUGCUCCCGGUGCUUGUGGUGCUGGCGGUCCUGUACCUGACGGACGUGGCCAAGGGUGUUGUCGACUGGACGCAUCAUCACCUGGAGGGCGAGGACGUGGGGGACUAG